ACGCGUAACAGUCAAAUUUCAGAAGUCGAAGCGGAAAGACGCGUUUUUCUCACGUCCUCUUUUCUGCCGGUUAUUCGGAAAAUCGCAGUCGCAGUCGCCAACGCAGUUAUCGGAUGAAUCUAUGCAAUCGCACAGAUAAUUAUUUUGGCCAAAAAUAACAACAACAAAAAACGCCGAUCUGAAAGAUACGAGUACGAAACCCAACGGAUUGCCAAUUUGUUUAUAUGCCAUGGUUGCGUUCGUGUGUGCGCGAGUAUCUGUGUGAGCAGCGCGUGUAAACAAAAAAAAAAGAAAAAAAUAAAAAUAAACGAGCAGUGUAUCUUCUUCGGCUCUGAUAAGCUGACAAGUUUGAUAAAACACCAACCGAUGGUUGUUGUUAACAGCUAGGAAAACACAAGUGCUACUGCAUAAGAAAAGCCCCCCCUCUCUCCGCCCCCACACCAUCUAAAUUACGAAUCCAAACAAAAAGCGCCGGCUAGCGGAAUAAGUGAAAUUCAAGAUACAAUUGUAAAUACAGCGGAAUUAUUGGAAAAUAUACACAAAUAGCAUCGCCGGUAUCGCUGCGAAUUAAAGCCGUGAAAAAUUCGCUGAAACAACAACAACUAGAAUAACAACAACAACAGCCAGUAAGCAAUCAUUGUGUGAAGUAUACGACUAAGUUCUUAUCGGUGUGCGAUCGUUGUUGCUAAUAUUAUUAUUUUAUGUGCUGGUUCGUUGAGUUGUUGUUAUUGCCUUAGCCGGCGUCGCGUCGGUGUUAGUGUGUCGGUGUGUUUGUGUGCAAACGAGUUUGCAAAUACAACAAAAAGGAAGGAAAAAAUUAUUGCAGUUACGGUGGCAAGUGUUGCAGAUAUACCAGCGGCAGCAACAGCAGCAGCAGCAACAACGAGUUAGCCAGAAACCAACACACGAGAGGCCACGAAAAUAUUGGAAUUUGAAGUCGGAAAUCUGAAUGAAAGUGCUGAAAUGAAAUAAAUCUUAAGUGCAUAAGAAACCAAAAAUUCCACUUAUAAAUGACGAGCGUGUGCAAAGUGUAAAUAAUUACAUAUUAGCUGUAUAUUAUUCAUAUAUAUAUUCAAUCGCGAGUGCUAAAAUGCUAUCCAUCGCAGCAUCGGUCAUCGUCGGGAUGCAGCAAUCUGUCUGAAAUCAAAUUAAGCCAAUCAAAAUAUAUCGGUCGCUCUAAGUAAUCAAUCGUCGUAGCCAAUCAAAUCAAAAUUGCAUCAAAAGCAACCUCAAAUUGUUGCCCCACCAACAGUUUGAGUGCACAUUUCCGUCGGCCCCACUUCCUGAAACAUUUAAAAACGGCCUCAAAACGGAGUCCCUAGAGUUUUUGCGGUGCGAGGAAGAGGAUAUCAAGAUGGAUAUCCUUCCGAGUGGCAACAUCUUCAGCGAGCUGGAGCGGAUCUGCACCACCGGCUACUACUCGUCGCAGCCGUCGAUCGAGGAUCAAUGGCAACAGACCUGCUACGAACUGGAGCGCUACCUGCGGGACGAGCCCAAGCUGCAGAAGAAGAUGCACAGCAACCUGGACAAUCCGUGGGACAUCUUCUCCACACAGGCCCGCCUGCUCGAGGAGCUGAAGAUCAAGGAUCAGCACCUGGACACGAUCUCGACGACCUCCUCGGUCUCGUCCAACUGCUCGGGCGCCUCCUGGGACAGCAAUGGCUCCCAGGCGCUCAGCUGCUCGGUGCUGGUCAAGCAGGAGCGGAUCGACGAGGAGGACGACGACGUGGGCUGUGACGACAAGCUGAGCGUGCUGCUCGCAGCUCCGCCCUCGGCCAUCUCCCCGAAUCCCAGCAUCGGCAGUGCCGGCAACAUGACGCCCACCAGCAUCAGCCACAGCAGCAGCAUCAGCAGCAGCAAUAGCAGCAGCAAUAGCAAUAGCAAUAGCAAUAGCAUUGGCAACGGCAUCACCACCAGCAGCAGCAGCCACAUCCUCGCCAGUCCGCUGAGCAGCCUGGGCAGUGGCAGCACCAUCACAGUGAGUUCCCGCAACAGCUCGGCGCCGGGCAUCAAGGUACGCGUGGUCCAGGCCAAGAGUCACCCGGGCAGCAGUGCGAGAAUGCACCUGGGCCAUGUGCAGGACUUUGUGCUGCCCACGCUCACGCCGCCCUCUUCGCCAGAGUCCAAUCUGCGCAACCACAACUACGCCCAGCAGUUGGAGGCCAACGAUCUGGCGGCACUGAUACAGCAGCAGCAGCAGCAACAGCAGCAACAGUCACAUCCACAGCCCAGCAACUCCACACCCGCUACAGCAAUCCUGCGCUUCACCAGCCAGAGCAGUCCCACGAUGACGCAACUGCAGCAGCAGCAGCAGCAGCUGGCCGUCCAGCAUUUGAGCAUAUCGCCCCAGGCCCUGGGCCACUGCAACACCGGCAGCAACUCGCCCAAGAGCAGCAGCAGCAGCCACAGCAGCAACAGCAGCAACAGCAGCAGCAGCAGCAGCCACAGUAGCAGCAGCAGCAACAGCAUCAGCAGCUCCAGCGGCAGCGGCAGCAGCGACCAGCCAACACACAGCAACAUUCCGCGCAGCACCAUCGUCCGGCUGACGACGGCGAACGGGAAGCCGGGAGCAGCUGGAAUCAGUCUGGCCCGCGUCAUCCAAAUGCAGAACAACGGCAAUGCCAAUGUCGCCGCCGUGCUCAGUGCAGCAGCCAACAGCAGCAGCAGCAACACCAACGGCAGCAGCAACACCAGCAGCAACAGCAACACGGCGACGCCGCAGCAACAGGUGCUUUCGCAACGGGCUGAAAAGUCGGCGAAUGGCUCCUCGAAACCGCACCACCCGCGCCAACAUCACAGCGAUCACAGCCCGGACGCCAAGCGGCGGAUACACAAGUGCCAAUUUCUGGGCUGCAAAAAAGUCUACACGAAGAGCUCGCACCUGAAGGCCCACCAAAGAACGCACACAGGUGAAAAGCCGUACAAGUGCUCCUGGGAGGGCUGUGAAUGGAGGUUUGCGAGGAGCGACGAGCUGACCCGCCACUACCGCAAACACACAGGUGCAAAGCCGUUCAAGUGCCGCAACUGCGAUCGCUGCUUCUCGAGGUCCGAUCACCUGGCGCUGCACAUGAAGCGCCACAUGUGAGGCGAGAUUUAAGCAGGCCAUCCGGAAAAGCCGGGAAAUAAAGAGUCGGAGGGGAGGAGGAGGAAUCCAGCGGAAACUGUGUGCCAUCAAGGAACGAUGAAAAACUUGCGUGACGCUAAUCAAAACCACUUUAUUCGUGGAGCAGAGAGGGGUGUAAAAGUAAUCGAGGAAAAAGCAACUAGGAAAGCAUCACAACACAGCACAAUGAUGGAAAUUCAUGUUCUCUGAUUCCGAUUGACAUUUGUGUUGCUAUUAUUGUCGCCGUUAUCGUUUUCGUUAUCAUAUGGUUAUCGUCGUUAUCGUUUCAAUUGCAAAUUUGAUUUGUUUCAAUGCCUUGCUAAGAAUAAGUUUAAGCUUUAGCAGCCUGAUCGCAUUUCCCCAAUCACACCUAGCAUUUAGCCGCAAGUUCUGAACAAACAGCAAAAAUUGUGUACAAUUUACCAAAGCUAAGCUGAUUUCUUUAAUUAGUAAAGCAGCAACAAAAACCAGCAAUUGCUAAAAAAAAAUACAAAAAAAUAGUAACUUAAUUUAAAAGAAUAUUUUUGUUUUCAGAAUGUGAACACUGCCAAAAUGAAAAUGUAAAAAAAGCAAACAAAAAAAACAAAAAACUAAAAGCUAGAAAAAAUAUAUGUAAAUGUAAAGAAAUAUGAUAGGUAAUUAGUUUCAUACGUCAGCAUCAGUAAAUAGAAACACAAAUAUUACAAGAAAAGAGUAAAAGUGCAAAAUAUGUUUUAAACAAAACGAAAGAAAACAGAAAACGAUGAAAAUGCUUAUUUUCUUAAUUUAAUUUUAAAUGUAUUUUAAGUGUUGCCUAGGUCUGAAAAUUUUCACAUUUCACCGCACCACUCAAAAUUGGAAACUUUAAACACAAAGUUUAUUGAACGCCUAAAUUAAAUUUAAUUGAUAUUCGGAAUAUGAAAUAGACGCAAUUUCGUUGCUCUGUUUUUAUUGAAUAUACGUAAUUAUUUAAUGUAAACAAUUUCUCUUAUGCAUUGCCUAAGUGAUGGAAAGUAUUACGAACACAUUUUGAUAUGUAUACCUAAUUUAAUCAAAUCAAAAUUUGUAUUCUCAAUCGAAAAUCGAAACAAAAUUUACCUUCGACUUAACAUACAAAUUCUUCUUUACGUGCCUCAUAAUGUUAAUUUAAACAAAUCAAUCAAUUCAAUUCCUUUAGCUAAGCCACAUUUUUUCGGAACCCUUAUGAUUUGCGGUAGACUUAAACUUUCAUUGGAUCUUUUAUUUUUUGCGUGCUGCUUCUUAUUUUCUAGCUUAUCAUUUCCUCGUUCUUGUUUAUAGUGAUUUGUUUAUUUUUAAUUAUUUUUAAAUAAAGAAAAAGUAUGUGAAAAGCGAAUGUUUCCACGGUCUUAUCAUUUUGUAGUACACCAGCACCCCUCAGCAAAUGAAACACGACAUCAAAGUAUACAACGUUGAUCGAAAUAUCGGUCAAUCAUUAUGGUUUGUGUGAUGAGAAAUUCUGUGAUCCAGAGAACAACAACAACAAAAUAGCUAAGGCAAAGAAAAAUAAGGGAAAACCAAAACAAUACCAAUGGCAAGCAGGUAAUCAACUGCAGCACACAUGCACUAAAAUGCUAUAGGAAAACGUAUGGGGCUCAGAAAGGAUGCAGUCCUCUCCAAUUGUUCCCAGAAAAAGAGCCUAAGAAUUUAAAAGAGCUCUUGAUAUAUAUAUAUAAAUGUUUAUGUACAUACAAACACGAAAUACAGUUUGACUUCUUUUCUAGCUUUAUUCUCACUGAUAGUCGAUGUGUGGAGAAUUUUGAGGAUUUCGACUGUAAUCGUGGUCGAAAUCACUAUGUACCGUGUUGCUUGUGCUUUGUGUCAUUUGAGUGUUAUCGUAUUUGUAUGUAUCUGUAUAUCAUCAGAUCGACUCGCCACAAAACGGAUAAUCCCAAUAGACCCCAAGGGGUUCUUCCAGUUCCAGAAUCCCGUUUGACUUCCAAGCGAAAAUUGCACUGAACAAUACUUAAUAAAUACGUGAAAAUCGAAAUCGAAAUCCAAAACCAAUACCAAUACCAUUACGAUGUGUCAAAAAUGCUUCAAUCAGUUUAGUCUAGCUUUUGAGAGAAAACAGAAACGAAAAACCGAAACAGUAAAAUAGAAAUCCCGAAUAUAUAAAAUAUUUUGUAUAGAAAACCUUUAAACUAAAAUCGAAAGCGUAAGGCAAAUUUAGAUCCUAAAGCAGAUAUUGGAUAGUCACGAGCGCAGAGUGAGCGGCAGUAUAGAAAUGGAUAAACAAGAAUAUAUAUAUAUAUGUAUUUUACAACCGAAGAAGUGUAUUUUAAAAUGAGAAAAACAAAUUAAACAAAAUUAUUGUGUAAAAAGGUAAAACAAAAUGAAAGACUGGUCAACGAGGUGUUCCGCGUUUAUGCAACAAUUGCAAAAUAGAAAAAGUAAACAAAUAUAUAUAUAUAUAUGUGUACACACACGAGUGUAAGAGAUUUCGAACCCGAAGGAUUAAGAUACUGUACUCCAAAUCGCAUAUAGUGUUCGAUGUGUGAGCCCAGUGCGUUUAUAGCAUAGGUUAAGACCACUCGAUCAUUUUGAUUUAGAUUUCGCGAAUCGCAAUUUCAUUUCGACGCGAUUGAGAUUCUCCGAUUCGGCAGCAAAACUACGCAUACGUAAGAGGGAAGGCCUUGCCGCGAUCCCGCAAAUAAAGUUAAUGAAGUACGAAUUUUAAGUAACGCUGAAUGUGAGUCUAGAGAGUACUAAACCGAAACUAUGGAUAUAUUUUAGUGUCUACACUUGAGCAUUUGAGCAUUUUACAAAGGCAAACUCCCCGGGGUCUGCCUUUGCGAAGUCAGGCUGUCUGCGACUCCGUUGCUGAGGGAAAAUCUAUAAACAUUUUCUACAGAUUUACAGCCGAGCACUACAACCAAAGGCAAGCGCACAGUGGCCGGAAGUCAGAAGACAGAAGAAGACAGUCGCAGGGCAGGAAAAAUUUGGCAGCAGGCACACAUAAAAAUAAAUACUAUAAAGUAUACUAAAACUAGAGUAAAUACAUUUUAAUUUCGUUUAGAGUUUCGUUUGCAAAUGUGCUUAGCAAUUUUCCCAUUCCUCCCCGCUUCCAGUUCCCAGUUUCCAGUUUCCCCACAUUUUCCCCAAGUUUUCCCCACCUUUUCCCCACCCAGGAGCGGAAUAUCAUAAGCGUUUAGUUUAAGAGUAGACUAAAUGGCGCAGGGCCAAGCUUAGUAUAGCAGAAAUAUAUGGGAGGAGAUAGGCAUACACAUACAUAUAUGGUCGGAAAAUGGAAAAUGGUGUCGGGAAUGUUAGCUGGGGAAGGGGGUAGGGGAUCUGGGGAGGAGAAGGAGUAAAACAUUUUAUGUAGGCAAAUAAGGGCAUAACUCGUAAAAGAUUUUGUGUAUAGUUUAGUGAAAUGAAUUAGUUUAAUGUUAAAUGAACUCAAAAGGAAACUACAUAAAAAUAUAUGAAUAUAUACAUCGGAUAUGGUAUUAAGAGAAUAUACUUAGUGCGUAUGGCGAACCUAUUUACGUGGCAGUUGUGUGUGCAAGGUGUGCGUGUGAGUUAGAGUGUGUAAGUGUGAGUGUGGACUAAAUUGAUGUGUAUCUGUCGUAAGGACGAGUCGGGCAAGAAGUAGAAGUCAGUUUUUGGGAAGGAUUAUGCAAAGCAUCUACAAAUUAAGGCACAGCAUUAUAAAUUACAACUAAUGAAGUACGUUUACGUUUAUUUGAGCUACAAACGCACGAACGGUUACUAAAGCUAGAACGGUGAUGGAAUGCAGAUGAGGAGGUCAGAGGUCAUAGGCUUAGGGAAGUGGGAAGUGGUAAAUGGGAAAUAGGGCUACUGACAGUAGACAUUUUGGGGGCAGCAAGUGGUGAUUACUUAGGACUUUUACGCGAUAACUCAGUUUAGCCCUUCCUCGUUUCUGUACAUGAUCGCAACCCCAGGCAUGCAUUCAUAUUUGUAAUUGUAAUCGUAAGGCAGUGUAAUUGAUAUCAAGCAUAAGCAAAAGCUACAGAAAUAACGAGGAAAAUUCACAAGUUUCGGCACAGGAAAACCAAAUUGAGAAAUACAUUUUAGGAGUAAGUAAAUAAAAAAAAAUAGUAAAACCAAAAAAUAAUUAUAUUUAAUGCUUGUGCGAAACAGAAAAAUUCUUAGCUAAUAGCAAAUAGCGAAAAAUCUAAUUGUCAGUGUUUAAUUACUAUUAUUGAUGUGCAUUAAAUGUGUGCUUAGUUCACAAAACAAAAAUCCCUUUUACCCCUUUACCCGUAUCCCCAUUUUCCAGGUUCCUACCAUCCUUGACAGUUGUGUUUUUUACGAUUGAUUGUUUUUAGCGCUUCGCAAGUCAAACAGAAAAUUAAAAACUAUAUAAAAUAGAGCGAAUAACUGGACUCGGAAAUGUUUGCAUAGAUUAUGAGUUAAUUAACUGCGAGAAUAAUUAAUAGAAUUUAAUUCAACAAGCAUAUUUUCAGCGUCGCCCGCGCGUCUUAACCCCCUAGAUUAUAUAGCAAAAGCAAAGGAAAAGCAAACGCGAAAAAAUAAACAAAACAAAACAAAAAUGAUUGAUCAUUAAACAUUAUGAAUUAUUAUAAUUAUGGCUUGUUUGUUGCGGCUUUUUGUGCAUCUCCAUUCGGAAAUCAUUUUGUAUGGGGUAACAAAUUAUAAGAGAAUCUAGAAAAUAAACACAGAAAACAUAGCAGAAACAAUUGGGCACACGAAGGCCAAAAAACGAUGGAGAUGGAGAACAUUUCUUGUACUUAGGUUUAGUUUAUUAUACAAACAAAACAAGAAUAACAGCGGCCGAAGAAAGCCAAUAAAAACAGC